AUGGACAACCCGAUGACCAACCUCUCUCCGGAGGCGAGUCGCCUUCUCAUUUCCAAUCUGGGGACCGUCGAGAUAGUGUCCAUGUUCGCAAUCUCAUCGUGGAACGCAGUUGAAGUUAUGAUUGCCACACUUGAGAAGUUCAAAAAGUAUCGUGGGCUAUACUUCUGGAGCAUGCAAAUUGCCGCCUGGGGAAUCUUGUUACAUUCCGUACCAGGUCAAAUUCGCUAUGUCAACCUAGCCUCUAGCCUUUCUGUGUCAGUCCCGUUUGUCAUUGGCUGGAUGUGCAUGGUAACUGGACAAGCGGUAAUGCUAUGGUCAAGACUGCACCUGAUUGUGUCUGAUGUCCGCCAUGUUCGAUGGGUCCUAUGGCUCAUCAUAGCCAAUGUUUUCGUUCUCCACAUUCCCAUGGCAGUCCUAUUCUUUCUCGGUGAUCAUAAUAUACCACUCGGCCGCACAGCAUACAUCUACGACCGUUUCCAGGCAGUGGGAUUCGUCGGCCAAGACACAUUAAUGUGUGCCAUCUACGUCCGCGAAUCACUCCGAGCGCUCAAGCCCGUCUUCGAAUCCAAAGGUCCCCAAGGGCGAAGAAUCAUCUACCGAAUCUUCUUCGUCAAUGUCAUCGGCAUCUUACUCAACGUAUUAAUCAUUUUCGCCGAAUUCCAUAAGCACUACUUCGUCACCUGCACAAGGACAGUCAUCUACAGCAUCAAGCUGAAACUCGAAUUCCUCGCCCUAACGCAGCUCCGAGACCUGACACGCACUUACUCGUGCACUUUGUGCCAAGGGGCUCAUGGAAAUGUGAGUAGUUCAGCCGACAUCAAUAUCUUCGACAUGCUCGCAGCUAGUUCCCCAUCGCAGGAUACCGAGGCGCAAACUACCUCCGAUUCUACAAAUACUAUGUCCCCAACGCCUCAUUCCGCACGCACCGGGACCUUCGAUUUCCACGAGGCAAUGCGCCAGACAAUGUCGACUGUGAACUCUGAUGAGUCACAGGAAGGUGCUCGGACUCGGAUGCACUCGUCUGAUACGCAUUCUACAGUUGAAAUGACCUUACUAGAGCGCCCGAAGUAA